CUAGAACGAGAAAUCGGGCAUAAUUUAUUAUUGGAGGUAGUCGCAUCUUAAAGCGCAAAGUGAGAAGGUGAAAGAACUCAUCCAGGAAAUCAGGAAGCCUAGGAGACUACACGUUCAACUUGCAGAAAGUAAAUUUUACAUUCGUUCGAAAGCAAGUUUGAGAAGAACAGCGGGGACUGAGGUCAAAAUGUAUGAUGGCGGAACCCCUACAAAUUUGUCCAUUGCCGCUGAUGAUAAUUCUACCGGUUUACCAGAGAAUGAUUCAACCUUUUAUUUGGAGCCGAUCGCUCUCAAGAUAUUUCGCUUUGUAAUAUACGCUGUAAUCAUCGUUUUCGCCUUGGUGGGAAAUGUAGCCGUGUGUAUUAUUUCAAGUCGUACUCGUCGCCUUCAGACCAGCACGUAUUGUUUAGUUAUGAACUUGGCCAUUUCCGACAUCGGAUCUGUGCUUUGUCUCCCAUUCUUGUUACCUGAACUCUUUAUUGGAAACUGGCUGAUGGGAGAAGCUAUGUGCAAACUACUUAAACCCAGUGUUGUGGUGUUUAACUUUGUAACAACGAACACGUUGGUGGCCAUAGCAUGUGAUCGUUUUCGCGCCGUGGUGUUCCCGUUCGUAACGCGACCAUCAAAGUCAGAGACACGCUUGAUCAUUUCACUUCUUUGGCUUAUUGCCUUUUUGUUCUCUUUGCCUAUGUAUGGUGCAGAGACUGUUAUAGUUUUUCCAAAUAGCCCUGACAUCUAUUACUGUUUGGAUGUUUUCUCAGACAACAUGGACAAAGACACUGACUAUCGUCGCAUUUACACAAUUACGAUGUAUGCUGUACAAGCUCUUCUUCCUGUGCUUGUCAUCUCGGCGUUGUAUCUAAAGAUCACAGCCACCUUAAAGAAUAUACAUCUUGUUCCUAUAGCACUACGACGCAGUCGCUCUUGUUCACUUAACUCUACGCCCAACAUAAGUCCGCAUUCAUCCAUCUUAAAUUUAAACAAACUGAACAUGAAUCCUGCAGGCGCACAGCGGCGACAGAUGUUGGAAAAGAAGUUUCUUAGGAUGUUGCUAACCGUGCUUAUUGUUUACGUGCUAUGUUAUCUUCCGUUUCAAACGCUGUACCUUGUUUACGAAUUUAAUCCAGACUUGGCCAACCUGAAAUUCAUGCAACCACUGUCGGAGUACCUUUACAUGAUAGUGUGGCUGCCAAAUGCCAUAAAUCCGGUUUGCUAUGGAUGUUUAAACGAGCAGUACAAACGCGCUUUUAAGGCACUGAUAUUAAGACCUCGUUCAUUCUUUCAGUCUGUCAGAUUACGGCGCAGGCUUUCCAAAACUGUCAUCGCCGAAGUGCAGUUGAAAGAUAUUGCAGCAUAGCAAGCGUAGUUUCCUAACUUGAUCUGAAUGGAAUGAUUAAGCAUAAUGUACUUUCUGUGGUAAACCACCAACUGGGAAUCAAUGCAUUACUAGUCUGUUAAAACACUUCUCAUCAGUCGCGCUAAUUACGCGACGUAGAGUGCUGAAAGAAAAUAUGUACAAUAAGAAUACAUGAUCGA